CUGUUUGACCUUAUAUGUUUCAUAUUGUCUAUAACAGGCUGUCUAUUCAUCCUUAUACACUUCUGCUGGAUAAGACUGCUUCGAACUAGUCUUUCAAGACUUGUCAUAUUUCCAACACUCUGUAUAUUGAUCGGGGACCUUGUCAUGUUCCCAACCUUCAUCUCAAAAGAGACCAACAUCUAUUUUCUCAGAACACCAGCACUAUGUUUCACACAAGCUGCCAUCAUACAGUUUACUGUUGUAGCCAAUUUCUUUUGGUCUAUGUGUAUAUCUAUAACCUUGAUAUUCCUUGUGUUCUCACCAUCACGAGAUUAUAAGAAGAAUGAUGUAUUAUAUCAUAUUGGUUGCUGGGGCAUCAGUUUCUUGAUUAUAAUACUGACGCGAACUCAUUUGGGAGACGAUGGUGAUCGUUGCCGCUAUCGAAAUAUGGACGACAUUGUACGAUUCAUUAUCAACACGUUCUUGUGUGGCUCCAUCUUGCUGUUCAACUUGGUCGUCUUUGGCAUCACCAUGAAACACACAGUCAAUGGCAACCUGGUGGCUUACGAGUCCACCCAAUCGCUGAUAUUCACCAACGAGAAGAACAUUGCGACUAAGAGAGUUGUCUGGCGUCUGGUAUUCUACCCGAUUGUCCUGGUGCUUUGCUCGACAAUGGUCAUCGUGCUGGAUGUGUACGAGUUCACAAUCAUCAACAUUGAUCAUAGCAAACCAUCAUUCGUCUAUUUGCUUGACCUGUACAGAUACGCCCGUGGCAUCUACCUGUUACAAGGCUUCUUCUACGCCAUCAUCUACGGCCGCUCAUCAAAGCUGCGCAACCAAUACAAGAGAUAUGCAUUCUUCCGACGAAUAUUCUGGCCGGAACUGGAAGAGACGAUA